AGUAAACACAGCUACCUCCUCUGAGCCGUCUAUUAUUGCAACGUUUAGAUGUCACUGCGAAUGACGAGCUGUCAGAAUUGCAGUGAGGUGAUUGGUUGAGGUACAACAUAGCUUGAGGGUGCAGGGUAAAGGGACUCUCCCGGCAGCUGUUUGCGGUGUAGUGAUAUAUUCGGGUCAUUGUGUGUCACACGUUGUGUGGAACUUUCAUCAUUUGCUUCUACAAACGCUUUAAACCAAGUUUCAUCUCUGUUAAACCGAUAUGGAUUCAGAAACCGACACUAAAAAUCUAGAGAAACGUCUCAAAAAGGCCGCUCUAGCUUGGGCUUGUACUCUCACACCUCCGACUGCCUUUGUGACUCCAGAACCAGGAGGUUCGUUUUCAUUGCUUUCCAACGAGAUAUAUGUUUGGUUGGUUCCUAACAUUUUCUCCUAUUCUUUCAGGUGAGACAGAGGAGAUUUUAGAAGAAAAAUUGAGAAGAGGACGGCGCGAAGGAACAUUUUACAAAUGGAGUGACGACGAAGAAACAUCAGGUAACGAGCAUUAUAACAAUCGCAUCUUGUUCGCAUUA